AUGGCUCCCCCACCCGUGCUGACUCACAGAUCUAUAGCACCGUCCUUCUUCACGGCCGCCUUUCAUCCGAGCAAGUCUCGCGAGUAUCGCGAGCAUAGGCCAUCUAACCAUUCGAGCAAUGCUGUUAUACGUUCGAUAGCCUGGAAUAAUCUCGGAAAUCGAAUUGCCUGCGGUCUCAACACAAACCUUGUCCGAGUUUGGAAUCCCGAUAAACCCGAAGCCAAAAACAGUACCGAGCUCAAGGGUCAUCUGAAGGAUGUCGAGAAGGUUGUCUGGGACCCGAUGCAUCCGGAUAAAUUGGCAAGUUGCUGUAAUGGCCAGGUCAAAUUCUGGGACUAUAGGAGUCAGUUUGAUCCUCUUGUCCGGAUAAUGCUUGACCGGGUUGCUGAUGAGGAUGGGUGAUUUUAGUCAAUAGAUGCCUGGGAACCACGGUUACUACAGGUGACAAUGUCAAUCUAGCAUAUCACCCGGAUAGCAAGGUGCUCGCUGUUGGUACAAAAGUAGCUUACAUCCUGCAUCCCUUGUGCUCCUCCAGUAUGCUGACCGCCUACAGGAUGAUAGAAUCCACUUUAUAGACCCACGCAAUGCCAGUGCAAUCCUCAAAACCCAUAAAGAAGGCACCCAGAGUAAUCAGGUGACGUUUUCCCACAACGGUGAAUAUGUUCUCAUCACAACUAGUCUGGGCAAGAUUGUCGUUCGCAACUGGCCCUCUCUCGAGGAGGUCUAUAGUGUUGACGCACAUCACUCUGCCCUCAAUUGCUUACAGCUUGAUCCUCGUGGAUCAACCCUGGCCAUCGGUGGUAGUGACGCGGCUCUGAGUCUUUGGGACACCGCGCACUGGGUUUGCCUCCGGACUUUGACUAGAAUGGAUGCGCCCAUCAAAAGUAUGGGUUACUCCUUCGAUGGCGCCUAUGUUUGUGCGAGUAGCGACGAAUCUACUAACAUUGAGAUUGUAUGUCUCCUGAAUUGCCCCUUGGGUAUACCUUAGCUGACGGCCAUUUUGUAGGCCCAUUGUGAUACCGGAGAUUACGUUCACACCAUUCAAACAAACCAUUCCAUACCUAAUAUCGCCUGGCACCCUAAUAAGUAUGUUUUGGCAUAUACUGGCGAUCCGGUUGGAUUGAAGAUUAUGGGUAUCAAUGCCGUAUAGUGGGUGGUCAACCUCGGCCAGGCCCUUUCCAAAUCAUCCGGGGAUGCGUUAUCAGUGUUACCAAAUUUAUUCUAUACUUUGCCCCAAUACCCACGCUCACAGCAUCUAGUAGAUUACUGCAAUGUCCUGCACUAUACCUCAUAUUACCUCGUGGUCGAAUUCUAUGCCAGGAACGAACGAACUACAAGUCAAUCAUUGAUAUCCUCAUGAACUCCUCGUUAUAUAUAAAAGAACCCCCUUGAGAAAAGACAAACUCCCAUGAUAUUACCCCCAAAUUAUGCUCCUAAUCCCAAUCGUCAUCAUCACUUUCCGCAUUCUUUCCCCCACUCCCAGUACCGCCACCAACCCCACCAGCAUCCUCAUCAACCUUCUCCCUCACCAAAACCCCACAAGCCAACAGCCUCAGCUCGAGCAUCUUGGUACUAAACCCAUCCGUAUUCCCCAGCUCGGCAAAGCCCUCGAUCCGAUCCACGCUCUUCCCAUCUAUGAAAGCGAUCACACACGGCAGCACCCGAACCUUCAAGCGCUCCACGAGGAAGGGCGCCUUCUCGACGUCGAUGCUGGCGAAUUUGGUGUCAAAGUGCUUCCGCGCCAGCACCUCCAAGUGCGAGUCCAUGAUCUUGCAGCGGUUGAAAUCCUUGUGGAAGAAGUGCACUACGCUGAAUUUAGUUGAGGUGGUGUGCGUUAACACUUCGCGCUCGUUCGUGGCCGGGCUGUAGGCGCCGUGAGAGAGGGAUUGCAUUUUGCGAGCGCGGUGGAGUCUGGAUGUUAUUUGUUAGCAUUGAGAGAGAGGAUGAGAGAAGUAGAAGGGGGAGGGAGGGAGUGGUACUCGUCGUGCAGUUGCUGCAUGCGCUUCUCGCGGAAGGCGUCUAGAGCUGCGGUGUCUGAUUCGAGUUCUUCCAGAAGGGUGUCUUCAUCGCCGUCUUCAUCUUCUGAACGGUCUUUGUCCAAAACUUUUGCGACGGUGGGGUCGAUAGUAGUCAUGUUUCGAUUCUGUCCUUCCUUUUAGAAGAAUUAUUGGAAUUGGUAUGGUGUUGUGGUAGCUGUAUUCAAUUAUAUGAUUAUCAUAUAUGCGUGAAUAUUAUACGAGCAUCGUGGGG